AUGAAUCGAGUCUUCCUUCUGUUCUUUGCCUUCGCGGGAUCCAAUGCCUUAAAGGCCACACGGGCGUUCUUGAAUGCCACCAACAAGACCGUGCUCACCAAGGACAUCUCUGACCUUGAGGACACCGUGCACCAGCUGCUGCAGCAAGAGGCGACGCCUUCCUUGGCGAAUUUCGCGAAGGAUCUGCAGAAGAUCAUCGACGAUGACAUGAAGGCAGCUGUCCUCAAGGUGAAGGCCUCUCUCCAGACCGAGCUGGACGGGCACUACACCACUGGAUAUGACAAGUGCGACUCCACCAUGCUGGGAAGCGGGGAAGUUUCUUCAAAGAGCAGCGUCUUCACAGCUGCUGCAUCCCAGCACGAGACAUGCCGCAAGGAGGAGGCCGAGGCUGAGACUGCGUUCUCCACAUGCUCGAGCGAGGAGUCGUCCUUGAAGACCGCCAAGGACUCGGCCUGCAAGGUGGUCGCCGAUUACGACAAGAUCAGCAAUGGGAAUUGUGGCAAGAAUAGUGGAGAGGACUAUGUCGCCUACACCGCGAGGCUGAUGAAGUACUAUGAGGCCGAGAACAAGAAGGGCAAAGAGGCUGAGGCCAAGUGCGAUGAGGCCACCAAAGUGCACAACUCGAAGUCCACAUCCUGCUCAGAUCUGAAGUCUGCCUGGACCACGAAGAAGGCAGCAUGCGACAAGCAGCAAGACACCAUGGAUGCGGCGUCGUGCGAGAUCCAGUCCACGUCCGAAAACGUUUGCAAGGUCUAUGAUGACUGCUACUCCUCCGCCACCAGCUCCUACAACAAUGACAAGACCUCCGUGGGGACGCAGGAGGCAGCCAUCAAGAACGAGUGGAAGGCACUGCUGCACCUGGAAUGUCUCUUGAAGGUCUUCGCCUUGUCUGACACCGAGAAGGCAAACGCAAUGAAAGCUUGCAACAGCAAGAACUACGACUCCGAAGCCAACAGUGCCCUCACUUUGACGUACCCAUCGCCAGUGCCCAGGGAUGCCAAGGCUUGCCCCCCUCAGGGCUCGGUGGAGUCCAAGGCGCUGGUUGCCGGACGCGACAACUACAAGGCGAAGUACUACCAGCUGCCGUCCAACGCCCCGUCCAAGACUUGCACAGCCGCAUGCUGCGCGACCUGUGACAGCUUCACUUGCCCCGACGGCUAUGUGCAGAAGUCCAACGCCGCUAGCAUCUUCGGGGAGCUCAGAGAUCUGUGCUGCGACAGUUCCAGGUUCUCCGGCAGCAAAAUCUUGAAGACGAAGGCUUGGGAGGACACGUUGGUGGGCUGGUUGCCCUCGAAUCUGAAGAGCACUAACUGGGUGCCAUGCUACCGCAAGUCGACUCGAACUUCGAAUGGCCAGUGGUGGAACAAAUGCCGUUCGUAUGCGAACACUUUGACCGUCAUGAAGUUGAGCACUGGCAAAGUCAUCGGCGGCUUCAGCAAGGCAGGUCGAGGCCAUGGAUCGUACACAAAUCAAAACACGGGAGACAGCUGGCUGUUCUCGCUCACGAACGGCUUCAAGCACAACGUGUGCCUCGGUCGUGCUGAGAAGCUGUGGAGGUUUAUGUUUGGUGAAAAGUGUGGGGACGGAGCUGAAGAUUGGACAGCUGAAGGGAGGUUCGAGGUGCCGGGUCGGGUCGACUUGACUCUAUGCUCUGGCCCUGGCCUUGCACCGCUUGCAAGCCUCAUCUGA